GUAAACGGAGGGUUGCAUGUCUUCGCAGGGCCUCGCCCAUUAUCACGCGGUCCAUCACGCUGGCCUUUCGAUCUUCAAGACCUUGAGAGGAUGCCCAAAUACAACACCAAUCUCGCCCGCUCAGGUCAUGCUGCCCAAGUCGUCGACCGGGUUCACCAGCAGCGCGGGACGUGGGACGUUGUGCCAGCUUAAAAGUUGGCAAGUGGAGGGUUAGGGUCGCCUAACACUCGAACGUUCAUGUCGCUUCCGUUCGACCAGAAAAUGCGCCGUUGGUAUUGGCGUCUCAAUACGGUCCGAAUCACGAGAAAGCGAUUACAUAGUGUACCUGGUAGACGUGGCGUCAGCUACGCUACAAUCACGGGCAAAGAGCCGGCCGGCGGUGUCAAAAGACCACUAAACCGUCCAGACCAAUAAUUUCAGCCGCGCCAGGUCGGGACGCUUCUGGUGUGGAGAGCCGCACGGGUGUUGAUCCGUCUUUGUCCCAUUGAGCCUUGCUUGAAAAAUACCAUCAUGUAACAAGAACACCAAGCGGAUAAACUGCCCGACACCAAGACCCUUCCUCAAACAAGUCUAAACUGUUAGCCUCUUCGCUCUUUCUCUUGGCGGCCAACGCAGUCUCAACAACAUCGGAAACCGAUAACCACCCUCCCAACCAGACAACGCUUCACGUGGAGGCACAGAUUGGUCGGAGCAACGGUUGUGUCUUCAUACAAACAUGACAUCACCAAAUCCCCAAGCCCCACCCCAAUCUACGAGCACGUUAUCGCCGUCCAAUAAACCAGAGAUACCGCUCUAUUGGCUCAACGACUACCGAGUCCAGCGCGUCGUCUGGCUCCUCGAGGAGCUCGACCUAACCUACACCGUCAGACCCUUCCACCGCACCCCCAGCGGCCUCGCCCCCCGCGAGCUGGGAAAGGUCUACCCCUAG